AUGUCUGACACUCGUUUUGAAAACGAAAUAAAAAAUUUGAAGGAUAAAAUCGAUGUAACUCCAAAUGCGAGUUUGUUGUUUCUUGAUAUUGAUAACUUCAAGCAAUACAAUGAAGGAACAGGGAGGAAUCACAAGACAGGAGAUGAUGUUAUAAAAGAAUUUGAACUCUUUAUGAAUAACGAGCUUAAUAAAGAGCUUAAGAAAAAGUCUGUAUAUUCAUCUUUUAACAGAUAUGGUGGAGAUGAGUAUACUAUUUUACUUAAUUGUCCAAUUUUGGAUGCCUAUAACCUUGCUGACUAUCUUUUGAAGAAAGUUAGAAAGCAUCUAUUUAAUUCUAACAAUGAAAAAAUGAAUGUUACGCUUAGCAUCGGUGUUUGUGCAAAAAGUUCGUUUGUAACAACUUCAGAGAGUUUAAUAAAUAAUGCAGACUUCGCUGCAAAAAAGGCUAAACGUCUUGGUCGCAAUCAAGUUGUAUUAUUUAGAAGCACUCUGUACUUUGUUAAGAUCCCAAUUCCAUUUAGAGUAAUUAUAAUUGCCGAGGAAAAAAAUGUUGUUUUAAGGGAUCUUCUAAUAUGUGAACUUAUAGAAAUGAUCAAUAAAAAAUUGAAUAAAGCGUACACGAAUACAAAAAAAGCUUAUCACAAAGCGAAAGAAGCAAAAAAGAAUUUUUUGGUGUGGCUUCUGCGUAAACUUCAGCAAAUCCUUCAGUUGGGCGUGAAUUUUCUUGUGGGUGGGGGCGCGGAAUCUCCUUAUGGAUACGCAGAUGCCGUAAGUUUGAUCACAUAUAGACCCUUAUGGCAAAGAGCAGUGGACAUUUAA